CCUCCUUGUUAUGUUUGCUAUUUAGUUUCCCCCUGUUCACUCAGUCCUUGUCCGUUCACCGUUGUAGUAAGUUGUGUUGCUUCUCUAUGCCUGUUAACCUGUGGAUUACGUCAUUAAACUAGUAUUUGGAUUUAUACUCCUAUGGCGUUAUUUUCCUAUCAAAUGUCGAGAGCGCAUUAUUGUAGCGCGAAAGUACAUUAAUAUAAUGCGCGAGCGCGAAUCUCUCUGCCCGCGCGCGGAAUAUAAUGUGCCGAGCGCGAAUCUCUCUGCUCGCGCGCGGAAUAUAAUGUGCCGAGCGCGAAUCUCUCUGCUCGCGCGCGGGAACUGGGCGCGCGCUCUCAGAUAGACGCUGCUCUUGUAAGAAUUUUCUCUGGGCUCGCUCAGAAAAUAUGCCUGCACUUAAAACGUGUCCAGUGCAAUCGCGAAUCUCUCCUCUUCGCUUAAAGUAAGCGUGUAUGCGCACAGACUGUGUCCCGUGCGUUCGCGCAUGCCUAAGUACUCUUCUCUACGACUUAUUUCUCUUUGCUCUUGGCAUAAACACUGUCAAAACGGCAACAACCAAUCAGAAAUAGGCUUCAACUACUGACCAAUGAAAACGCGACAUAGUACAUGGAAUCUUAUUGGUUGAUAUUGAAUCGCACAUGGAAUCAGAAUCACUUCGUUCAAUCAAGACGAGCCGAGAUGGAUCCGCCGAAUCGACGAUCUCAGAUCAUUCCCAGGAUAUUUUUUAAAGGGAUCUCAAAAGGGACGAAAAAGGUUUCGAUCCCCCUGUAAAGUGGUCAACACCAGCAGCAGGACUCUUUCCAUGCAGUUCUAUUUAGUAAAUAAGAAUGUGGAAAAGACACCAAAACCAUCAGAGGAUUUUACACUUUUCCUUGCUGGAAUGGGAAGGCGUACAGUUAAAUUAUCUGAAGAUGCUGACCACUCUGAGAUAACAAGGCAACUGAUGGAACACUAUCCAAAACUUAUGAAACUCACUGGAGGAUGGCUCCUGUACAAGGCUCUUGGUGGGUCAGGACAGCGAAAACUGAUGAUUGUCCCACCAGAAGCUGAUGGCUAUAAUGGCCAGUAUUUAAAAUCAUCAAGUGGAGGUGGAAAGAUUACCAUGUUUAUAGUUCCUCUUCAAGAGGAGCUAGAUACAAUGCCUCUUCCUUCAGAUGCCGAAGAAUUUCAGAAAAUGCCAAAAGCAACCUGCCAAAACUGCAGCUUGUCCAUGCCCCUACAGAUCUUGGCUAUGCAUGUUAAGUCAUGCAGUACUAUUGAAUUGUCCACCGAGGAUGAUACCACUAGUUCUGGAAGGUCUUCUCCUCUUCCUGUAUUCAAUGGAUCAGCAUUACCAAAACCCAUUUCAGAAGGUGGCAGCAGCACUAGUAAAGCAAGCUCCGAGUCUUUUCCUGUACCCACUACUGCUGGAUUGUCCUCGGCAGAAGCCAGCACUAGCACUAAUAAAUUAAAUUCCGAGUCUUUUUCUGUACCCACUACUGCUGGAUUGUCCUCAGCAGAAGCCAGCACUAGCACUAAUAAAUCAAACAAUGAGGCUGCCUGUCCACUGUGUCUAAAUAAUUUUCCAAUGGAUUAUUUAGAAAUUCAUGCCAGCUUUUGUGGUGAAAGUUUGGAGAAUUCCCAAGCACCGAUUUCUGAUCUGGAAGAUGUUUUUGAACCAUUUGGCUGUAAAAUCGAAAGCCUUGAAGAUGUUCUCAAAACCAUCAGUGCAGCCGUAAUUACAGAAGGGCAUAGAUUUGACAUCACCGUAUCGAGACAAAACAUGCUGGAGAGGGGCCUUGUGCAGUGGCAGAGGCAAAAAAAGUCAUCUCCCAUUAACAAACUGAAAGUUGCCUUUAUAGGUGAAGCUGGAGUAGACACUGGGGCACUGAGCAAGGAAUUUCUGACAGGCAUGAUUGCAUAACAUGAAUAAAAAUAUAUUGUAGAUCAGGGUUUUUCCAAAUAUUCCUGGAGUUUCCCGAUCACUGCAUGUUUUUAAAGUUUCUCUAUUUUUGACACAUCUGAAGUUAUGCGUUAAAAAUUAGUAGAACUAUGAUCUGAAGCAGAGCUGGGUUUCAAAUGGGAAUGGCUGGUGCUGUACAUGUGAUAAACUUUUACAAGUCAUGCAGAAUUGUUACAAUAACCAUUUUCUCAUUUAAGAAAUGAUCGGAGGCAUUGAAGGGCGUUUUUUUGAGGGGGGAGCACCAAAGUAUUCUCUGUCUGAUCUGGACAAAGGUCAUUUCAAGUAUGUAUUUUGAUACUUUAUAAGACAAUAAAUUUAAUCUCACCUUCUGUUAUUAAAUGUUUACUAUGUGAAAAAAACUAAAGAAAAAUUAUUUUGCUUAUUCAGGACUAUAGGAGAAAUAAUGGCGGUCAGCUUGGCCCAGGGUGGCCCAGCCCCAAACUUCCUUGCACAUUGGUGCUAUAAGGUCCUGUGUAGUGGCUCUCUAGAGUUUGCACACCUAGAAAAAAAUGAUCUGGGAAAUGGGCACUAUCGUGAUCUUACAGCACAGGUAUUUUUAUUUAGAUGAUUAUGAUAGACCGUUUUUUGAUGAAGACCUUUAAAUAUAUGCACAAUUAUUUCAGGUUGAAUCAGCUACAGAAAGCUCAAUUACAGAGCUCACAGAAGACAUUUUGAGCUGUGGGUAUCUCGGCGUAGUCAGCUUAGAGAAGAAGGAUGAAAUUAUCCGAGCUAUUAUCCUACAUGCCACUCUUAAGUUGAUCCCUAUGCUGCA